AUGCUUUACCUAAUUGGCCUUGGUCUCUCUGACGAGACGGAUAUUACUGUUAAAGGGCUUGAAGCUGUUAAAAAAUGCGCUCGAGUAUAUCUCGAAGCCUACACCAGUAUCUUGUUGGUGGACAAAUCAGUUCUUGUAAGUCUUUCCCCAUGUCCGGGGAAGUAAGGCGCUGACUGAUGUAGACAUAGGAAAGUUACUAUGGACGUGAAGUAAUUAUUGCAGACAGGGAUAUGGUUGAGAGUGCCAGUGAUGAUAUUCUAGAAAAUGCGCAGAAUGUGGAUGUUGCAUUUUUAGUAGUGGGAGAUCCAUUUGGGUUCGUCCCCUUCCCAUGACUGUAUAACUCUCAUGUUCCAAACAUAUAUGUUGACAUGAAGCUUUAGGGCUACAACUCACACCGAUCUCGUUCUUCGCGCCCGUUCCCUAAACAUCCCUAUCUCCACCAUCCCUAAUGCCUCCAUUAUGUCCGCCAUUGGUGCUACCGGUCUCCAACUUUACAAUUUUGGCCAAACUGUCUCUAUGGUAUUUUUCACUGAGAAUUGGAAGCCUGCGUCAUUCUACGACCGCAUUCGGGAGAACAGAAAUAUUGGGCUGCACACACUAGUAUUAUUGGAUAUUAAGGUUAAAGAACAAAGCAUGGAAAAUAUGGCGAGAGGAAGAAAAAUAUAUGAACCACCGAGAUAUAUGACGGUUGGUCAAUGCGCGUCGCAAAUGUUGGAGAUUGAGGAGAUCAAAACUGAGAAUGGAGAGGGUGGGGGUUAUAAUGAGGAGAGUCUUUGCAUAGGUGCUGCUCGAGUAGGCUGUAAAGAUGAGAAGUUUGUAAGUGGGACAUUGAAACAAUUGUGUGAUGCGGAUGAGCAAUUGGGAGGUCCCUUGCAUAGUUUGGUGUUGCUCGGAAGGAGGACACAUGAGUUGGAGCAUGAUUAUGUGAGGGAGUUCGCCGUGGACAAGGAAAUCUGGGAUACCAUUUGGAAGAGAGAUUAUGAAGGAAGGGUAUAGACGUAUGUAGCAAACAUACCUCAACAACAGAGACAUGCUAUAAUGUUACGGAUGGCAGUUUGCCCAGGUGGAGCACACCUUUAGCCAACACACUUUCACCCGAAAAAUUUUCCAGAUACCCACUACCAAGCACCUCCGAAGCUAGUCGGAGUAAGCUCAUCGCUUUUGAUUCUAUUUCUCACUUAUUUCUAGCUCCACAAUCUAAGUGAAGAGGUCAUAA